AUGCACCCAGAAUCACGGGAACUGCCCCAUGGGUGGGCCUCUCUUGAGGAGAGGUAUGAGGUGAUGAAAGAGAUAGGUGACGGUAGCUUCGGCAGCGUUGCACUUGCACGCGUCCGAACUGCUGGCGCUCACAUUGCCCGUCGCGGCACUUUGGUCGCGAUCAAGACAAUGAAGAAGACCUUCGACUCAUUCUCGAGCUGUCUGGAACUGCGAGAAGUCAUCUUCCUUCAGUCACUGCCUCCUCACCCUCAUCUGGUACCUGCACUUGACAUCUUCCUGGAUCCCUACAGUAGAAGACUUCACAUCGCCAUGGAGUACAUGGAUGGAAACUUGUACCAGUUGAUGAAGGCUAGAGACCACAAGCCAUUAGACGCCUCGAGUGUGCAGAGCAUCCUCUUCCAGAUCCUUGCGGGUCUUGAGCACAUCCACGCCCGCGAGUUCUUCCACCGCGACAUCAAGCCAGAGAACAUCCUCGUCUCGACAUCACAACAAAACGACUCAUCGCAUCCUUUCCGACGAUACUCAGCAAUGAUGACACCACCAUCGACCCCUCCUGCCUACACCAUUAAGAUUGCCGACUUUGGACUCGCGAGAGAGACGCACUCGAAGCUCCCUUACACAACAUAUGUAUCGACACGAUGGUACCGUGCACCGGAAGUCCUGCUACGCGCUGGCGAGUACUCCGCUCCCGUCGACAUCUGGGCAGUUGGUGCGAUGGCCGUCGAGAUCGCGACAUUGAAGCCGCUCUUCCCUGGUGGUAACGAAGUAGACCAGGUGUGGAGGGUAUGCGAGAUCAUGGGCAGCCCGGGCGGUUGGAUCAACAAGCAUGGUCAGCCCGUUGGUGGAGGCGAAUGGAAGGACGGUGUCAGACUUGCGCAGAAGCUGGGCUUCUCCUUUCCUAAGAUGGCUCCGCACUCACUCGACACAAUCCUUCAGACGCCGCAAUGGCCUGCCAGCUUGGCCAAAUUCGUCACAUGGUGCCUUUUGUGGGACCCGCGAAACAGGCCGACGUCCACCCAGGCUCUCGCCCACGAGUAUUUUCAGAACGCUGUCGACCCUCUGCGCCUCAAGUCAUCGUCUUCUCGCCUGCUAGGCCGCAAGCAGUCUGACCUGUCUGGUAAAGAUUCCCCAGACGCUUCUCCCAGCAUCACCUCGAAGACUUCAUCGUGGCUGCGCCGAUCGCUGGUAGCUCGCGAGAGUGCUCCAGCCGUUCCUCAGCACGUUACCCCUGUGCAGCAAAUGUCACCGCGCCCAUCACCACAGCAAGCCAACACAAGCGACCCAAGUGGGUCAACUAAGCAACGUCCCAAUCCAGUUAAGCGGGCUACGUGGACAAAUGGAGUGCCCAACAACGGCGCCCCUAUCCCUAUAUUGCCUUCCAUCAGACCAGUCUCCCCACUCUCUGCGGAAGUCACUGCGCAAGCAAGUGUCCGUGCUGCCGACAAGGAGGGAAAGGCCAAGAUCGGACGUCAGCUAUCACUCGCAUCACACGGCAACCACUAUGCAGAUGCUCACCGCCAGGAAGCAGAGAGGGCAUUGAACGGCCAGUCGGGACUUGCAUCCCCAGCGAGCGGUCACAAGGAGGGCUUCUUCUCACAUCUCCGCAAGCGCGCUCGACGCCUUUCAGGACGUUAUCCAACUCCUAUGUCGCCCAAUUCGGACGAUGUCGAGGCUAAUGCGGGCUGUGCCCCAUGGGCUGGCUCCGCUAGGUCUUCACUAGUAGUUGAUCAGCCACUCGCCGCAGCACCAUCAGCAAACCCGGACUACUCCGAGUUGGACAAGGCUCUUCAGCAUGUGAGGUGCACAGUUGAGAACAACGCGGCAAAGCAGCGUGUCGCAUCGAAUCCCGUGCUUAAGAGGCACCACUCUGUGCCCCAUGGCUCUGAGACCCGUGUCUCUGAGAACGGCGUUGGCGGGCCCGUCUCCAGCAGGACUAGGCGAGCGGUUCAAAGCAAAUCAAACCCUUCGAAUCCUCCCAACAAGUACGAGACUCCCAACGAGGAGGAAGAACUUCUCAGUGAAGUACUUGCCUCUGCCCACAAAGCUGCGAAGAAGCUGGACAACCAGCAGAAGGCACCGCAUCACUCACACUCUCACACGGAGCCAACGGCAUCGUACCUGACUCCAUCGCCAUCUGCCAACCGCAACAGCGCAUUUAACCAGAACAACUACGUCACGCCCAGCAAGCCCAUGGAUAUCUCGAAACCCUAUCCUGCUCAAGACGAGAAUGUUUCGAAAUGGCCUACCCCGCCAGACGACAGCGACUGGGCGUCAAGCGUAGCAGCAAGUCUCAUGGCAACGCAAUCGCUAUACCGGUAG